AUGAGUGAUUCCACUGACGAAGACGUAGUUAAGUUAUUAAAUACAGGAAAACUACAAAGUGAAUAUGCUCUCGCCGGUCCUUCCCGAAUAUUUCCCGACGAACAAACAGAUUUCUCGUAUGUAUGUCGAAUAUGUGCUGUUAAAACACACAAUAUCCUGCCGCUAUUUGAAAAAGAAUGUUUGGAACAAAAUCUUGUUGAGAAAAUUAAUAAAUAUCUUCCUAUAAAGGUGUCGAAAGAUGACUUACUACCAUCAGGUGUGUGUGAACAAUGCUCUAAUGCAGUGCAUGCAUGGCAUGAGUUGGUUGUUUGUUGUCUCCAAGCUGAUACAUCAUUUAGAAAACGGAUAUCACUUUCUCAAUCACAGCCAACACUCACCUCCGAUAUAGAACUAGACAAAAAUGGCAUUCAGUGCAAAAAAGCAGUUCUGUUCCUUACAUUGGUUAAUAACGUAUUAUCAGAUUAUCUGAAAACAAAUAAUAUGGAAGAUUGUGAUUGGGCAUAUGUAUGCCAGAAGUGUCCCGAGAAGCCUGUCUCUAUGUCUAUUCUAGAACUCACCACGCACUUGAAGUUAAAGCACUAUGACGAACUACACAAUAGGCAGAAACUAGAAGAGUUUAUUACUAUGCACAUAACUUUUGAUACGGUCCUACUCAGUGAAUUUGAGAUGAAUGAUCCCAAUGAAACCGAGGCAUCAAAGGCUACUAAAGAUGUUGCUUGCCUGUACUGCAAUAGUUCCUUUUCGUCAACAAAACGACUUGUCUUUCAUCUCAACCAACACAUUGAUAUAACAGAAAAUGGCGGCAUACCAUGUUGUGAAGAAAGCUUUGACGACUUAAAGCUAUUUGAACAACACUUACGUAACGACCAUACUAGAAAACUUGCUGCGCACGAAUGUAAAUCAUGCGGCUAUCCGGCGUCCGAUACACAACAUCUACAACAACAUAUAGAGGCUGAACACCGAGAAUUUACGAAAAAGAGUCCAAAGAAAUCACAGAAAUCCAACGAGACGAGUCAAAAAUGCAUCCCAGCUGUGUGUCCCAUAUGCAACAAAACAUAUUCCAAUAAAUACAACAUGUUCGUUCAUAUGGAGAGUCAUAAAACGCGAGAAGAGUUCACUUGCAAUAAAUGCGAUAAGGUGUAUUUGAGCAAAGGUAGCUUACAAAAGCAUACUAGCUUGGUGCACGAGGGCAAGCUUCCAUACCCGUGUUCGGUGUGUGGCGAGACAUUCCCAACACGUGUAGCGCGCACUGUGCACUUCAUGUUGCAUACUGGUGAUACACCCUACAGCUGCGAGUACUGCGGUAAAGCCUUCCGAGCGAAGAACACGCUACGAUGCCACCUCGAAUCACAUCUAGAUAUACGAAAAUAUGAAUGCACCGUUUGCUUUAAAAAAUUUAGAAAGAGCACGCAUCUUAAAUGGACGGAUGAUACUAUCUAUCUCAAUGGAGAUGAUUUCAUCGCAUAUUCUAAUGAAUUAAACAAUGAAGUUUUACAAAAACGAGAUAACGACACUGAUAGUAUAUCAGACAAUGAAGAUGAACCGCUCUCUAAUAUAGCCGCUGUACAAAAUACGACCUCGUCCUAUGAAAAUUUUUAUAAUGCGUUAAUUAAAUUUCGGAAUCAUUUCGCUCAGGGGCAUGAAGGACGCACAUAUCCCGAUUUUACAGAGUCCAGUUCAGACGAAGAAACUGGCGAGGUGGAUAUCAAUGAAUAUGACGAUUUAAGUAAAAUUAACAUGCGCAGAGAUAGGAUGGACGAAAAAACGCGAUUGGAACUGAAUGAAGUGCAGUCCAAAAUCGACGGGAAAGUGUUUUUCACUUGUAAAUUAUGUGGGAAAAACUUAAGUUCCUCGCAUACAUAUUUGUUUCACAAAAACAUUCAUACGGGAGAGAGGCCGUGCGUCUGCCACGUUUGCGGCAAGACUUUUAGCGCACCUAGCGGUCUGCAGCGACACAUCAAAGAAACUCAUGAGAGGAUAAAACGCUAUGUGUGCGCGCUUUGUGCUAAAACGUUUGUGAACUCGCAGAAUCUGCGACAGCAUAUGCGGGUACACACAGGGGAGAGGCCGUACGUCUGUCCACAGUGUGGAAAACGAUUCACACAAAGCGGUUCGCUUCAUGUACACCUGAGAAUUCAUACAGAUUCUUAUCCAUUUAAUUGCACAGAAUGUGGUGCCCAAUUUAGAAUACGAUCUGGUUUAUCGAGACAUAAAUUGAAGCAUAGUGGUGAGAGACCGCAUGUUUGUGUUAACUGCGGUAAGAGUUUUCGCCAAAAACAUGAAUUAAAUAGCCACGCCCUCACUCACAGCAAUGCUAAACCUUUCUCCUGUGUUGUAUGUGGUGCCGCUUUUCGUCAAAGGAGAGCUUUAAGGCAUCACAGGAAACGGUUACAUGAAAACGUAGAAGUAUCCAACAAUGACUUAAUGGACGAGAUCAAAACAGAGGAUUGUGUGGCUUCCUUAAAACUAGAAAGAGAAAAAGAUUCUACGUGCACUUUAAAAAAUAAAAUGUCAGAUAGAAAGUGUAACAUUUGUAAGACCUGCAACAAGCAAGUGCUUGUCUCGUCGUGGAGACGCCACGCGCGCGCUCAUCUAGACGAAAAGAUAUACAGUUGUGACGAAUGUGGAUUGGGGUUUAAAGAUAGUGGAAAUCUAUCGCGACAUAAACGAUCGCUCCACCUUAACUAUAGACCACACACUUGCAGCAUUUGCUCUAAACACUUUUCCAGAAAUAGUCAUUUGGAGAACCACUUGAAGACUCAUUCGGAACAUCGUAAUUAUGUUUGUGACCUCUGCGGGAAGGCUUCCAAAUCCGGCAACGCAUUAAGAAUGCACAAAAAAGGUCACGAAGCAGUUCAUCAAUUUGCGUGUAUCUUGUGCGAAUCAAAGUUCAAAAGGAAAUCUGAACUUUAUGCACACGUGUUUACGAAAAAGUAUUUGGUACAAGUUUUGCCCGCCCCGCCAUACACCGAUAGGCUCGAAGUCAAUGUAGCCUCCUCUAAUGAAAGAUGCAACGUCUGCAGUAAAAAUGUUUUUAUACAUCAGAAUUUAACUCAAACCGAGCUUCCCUGUAGCGAAUGCAGAUUAAACUUUACGGAGAAAAAUAUAGACGUUUCUAAGGCUGAUCAUAUAUCCUGGACACUACAAUCAAAACCAAAUGUGUCUAUACUAGAAAAUAACACAGGAUGUUAUACACCUAACAAUUCCAACGAAAACGAACUUAUUCAUCCAACUGGAUAUUGUGAAGCUAAUCAACCUCUUGAAGUUAAUAGUAGUCCGACUAACAAUUUUAUUGAGAGCAACAUCAGAUUACAAUCACAUACAACGAUGUCAACUGAUGCAGAAGCCAUGAGCAAAGUGAAUAUAGAACAAAACGAGUUUUCAGAUCAUAGCGAUUUGGAUUCAGUCACCUAUAUAUCUGAAUCUGUGUUCGAGGCUAUAGAAGAUACGCAGGACAGCGUUAUUGUAAAUCUUGAUGCUGAAAAACCCAUAGUCAAGGGUGGAACAAAAAAAUCAAAACACACCAAAAUACGUUCGUGCCACAUUUGCGGCAAAGUGUACAAGGCGUCAUCUAGUUAUUUCUACCAUAUGAAGCACACCCACGGAGGAUCGAAGGACCACAGCUGCGACGUGUGUAAGAAAAAAUUUGGCACGCGUGGAGAUCUGAUGCAACAUUCCGCUGUACAUACGAAGGAGUGCAAAUUCAAGUGUCGUUCUUGCGACAAGAAAUUCCGUUCGCGGGCGAGUCGUUACAUCCACGAGCAGAUUCAUGAGGGAAUAAAGAAUUAUAAAUGUCCCCGCUGCGAGAAGAGCUUUCGAUGGAGACCACAUUUGGCACGACACAUGCUGCGGCACGCCGCAGAGAAGGCACACGAGUGUUCUGUUUGUGGACGCGGAUUUUCCGUUAGGUGUGAUUUACUACGCCAUGUGCGCACGCACGAAGUCGGAAACUAUCAAUGUGAGAAGUGUGAUGUUAAAUUUGCGCAAAUGAGAUACUUAAGAGCCCAUAUGACAAAAAAACAUAACGUCACUACACAUGAGACGGGUUAA